CCUACCUGAAGAUUUGAUACAAGAUAGACCAAAACUAAGGCCCCAUGUUAUAGCUGUUUGACUAUCUCGGCCCAAAGAAAAAGUGGUUGGGGCUGACUUGUUGAGGCUCACGAACAUUCUGCAUAUUGGAGUUGAUCGAUGGGGAGCUGAAAAUGGAGAGAAACAGAAUUCUUCAGUUUUCUUGGGUUUUGCUGCUCACUACUAGGUAUCUUCAGCUUUAAGCCUUUAUCCCUGGCUGCUCCAACAUGUUUUGAGGUUGGAUUCUCAACACCGUUCUCUCGCUGUCUUUCUUCUCGUAUUAAUAUAUAUCCAGCGAUCAAGGCAGCUGCAAGUUCCCUUAAUCAAUAGUAAUAUGAUUGCUCUUCAUAGAGAUUGCUUGAGGAAUGUUUACCAUAAAGCAAGGUUUGUUAUUUCUACGAACCGAUUUUGCCAUUUUUCUUAUUACUCUGUUUUUUCUUUUCAUCUGAAUCCUCUUAUCAACAACUUUAAGCCUAAACAAUGCUCUUUCGGGUUUACCCAAAUUGACCCAUUAUCCAUAACAUCUCGCACUGCAAUUUUACACCAAUUUUAUUUCAUUUCUUUCUCUUCUUUUUACUCAACUAGAGCCCCAUCUAGAUCAUUUAGAAGAAGAAACAAUAAGAGAUUAAAAGCUAAUAGGAAACCUGUUCUUGAUCAAGCAAAAUUUCAGAGGGCCGUUUCACAACUCCCGCCUAGAUUCACUGCUGAAGAGCUUUGUAAUGUGAUAAAUCUAGAAGAAGAUCCUUUAGUAUGCUGGGAGUUAUUCAAUUGGGCGGCGCAGCAACCUAGGUUUAGGCAUCAAGUUUCCACUUAUCAUAUUACCAUAAAGAAGCUUGGUGUUGCUAAAAUGUAUGAAGAAAUGGAUGUUGUUGUUAACCAAGUGCUUGCACUUCAUUCUUUUGGUUCUGAGCCUCUUUAUAAUACCAUCAUAUACUUUUUUACAGAAGCUAGAAAGUUGACUAGAGCUGUAAAUAUAUUUAAGCAUAUGAGGAACAACAGAAAAAUGGAUUGCAGGCCAUCUAUUAGAACAUAUAAUAUUCUUUUCACGGCAAUGUUGAGUAGGGGAAGGGAUUCUUAUAUAAACCAUAUGUACAUGGAGACUAUUAGGUGUCUGUUCAGGCAAAUGGUCAAUGAUGGGAUUGAGCCUGAUGUUUUCUCAUUGAAUUCUAUGAUAAAAGGAUACGUGCUUUCACUUCAUGUCAAUGAUGCUUUACGAGUGUUUCACCAGAUGGGUGUGGUUUAUAAGUGUCUGCCUAAUGCUUAUUCCUAUGAUUAUCUUAUUUAUGGGUUAUGUGCCCAAGGUAGAACAAAUAAUGCUAGGGAGUUAUGCGAUGAAAUGAAGAAAAAUGGGUUUAUUCCUAGCAGUAAAUCAUAUAACUCCCUUGUGAAUGCUUUGGCACUUGCUGGAGAGAUAGAGGAAGCAGUACAUUUCCUAAGAGAGAUGAUUGACAUGCGGAAGUCUGCUGAUUUCAUAACAUACAGAACAAUUUUGGAUGAGAUUUGCAGAAUAGGAAGGGUUGAGGAGGCCAUGGGAUUGUUAAAAGAGUUGCAAGAUAAAGAUCUUGUUGAUGGACAUACUUACAGGAAACUUCUUUAUGCAAUGCAGAAUGACUUCGGAAGUUGAAAUUAUCAAAGCCAGAUCAGAAAUAUUCAAUGGCUUGGAGAUGGCUAGGGUUGUACCAAUUUUUGUCUCGACUAGUUCUGCUUUGCAAAGGUGUGUGUAAUCCACUGGAGGGUGCAGGGAAGCAGGUUGCUGGACUGUUGUUGAACUCAUGUACACAGCUGCUGAAACAAAGGGAAUGGUUCAUCUGAAUGUAUUUUGGCUGUUAUUAUACAUUGCAGUGAGCAGCCGGGAACACGCCGGAGAAUGGCCUGCAUGUUAUGCACCGGAUUCAAAUUAUAAUGUUGUUGGAUGGCAUAAUCCUGUUUUUGGAAUGAAUAUAUUAUCAGUUGUGUCUUGA